AUGCCGCUGCCGCUGCUCCCGCACCGCCGAUCUCCCGACUACUCUGACUCCUACUCUCAACAUGUCGAACCAGAGUUGGUGAUAAGCACGAUGGAGGCCGCGACCGCCGGGCCCUCCAUCCACCUGCUCACUCACCCGAACCAGCAAGCACCUCAGGGCCAGUCCAGGGACCGCCGUAACUUUGGACAUCAGUGCCUCCAAUGCUCCUCGACCAUGAGACUCCUGGUAAGCUUGCAGGAGUCUCAGCAGGUUAGGUGCAGCCAGGUUUACCAUGCCAGUGACCACCGUGCGUGCAUGUAUGGGGGUGAGAUGUGA